GACGAUACGGUAGCAAGAGUAAAGGAACGUGUAGAAGAAAAAGAAGGUAUUCCGCCUGCUCAACAACGUCUAAUUCAUGGUGGUAAACAACUAACUGAUGAAAAGACUGUCCGAGAAGCUGGAAUACGAGCCGGUGAGGUUCUCCAUCUUGUACUGGCUCUUCGUG